AAAGUUGGCUACUUCAAUGGAAAAUACCUUAAUGGUUCGCAAGACUCAAGCAUUGCUGUUUCUGAAGCUAUUAAACUUUCCCCCGACAGUGAUGCAGCAACUGCUCAACUGAAGCCCAAGGCAAAGGAAGUUUAUGAAAUCACAGGACGUAUCCUGGCCAUCGAUAUCAACAAACAACAUGUCUGUGUAAACUGCAAACAUCGCAACGACAAUGAUGAAGACUCCCCUGAUGACCUUGUACAGUGUUCCUCCAGCAAAAUAAGCACACUUAAAGAAAGCCUCCAGGAAAACUUUGGCAGUGGUUAUAUUACAGAGAGCUAUGUUGAAGAGGCUGGUACUGUUCUUAAACGUUCUACAACAGUUACUAAAGUAAGUAAUGCAUUCAGAAGAAAGAGUGUAUUCAAGGAGAACAACCUUACUAGGCCUCAUAAAGGGUGUUACCCCUCAAUUGUGGAGUAUUGUAAAGCAAAAGGUCAGUUUCAAAGGAAUACAGAUUCACAAUGUAUAUUUUUGAAAAACAUAAUUGGCAGAGGAUAUCCACAUGAAAAUGUGUUGAACGCUCUGAGAUAAUAAUUGUUCCUGAGUGUUCAAUACAUUUUCAUGUGGGUAAUAUUGCCUAGGUGAAUGAAGGUAAGUGAUAGGAAUUGCUCUAUAUUUACAGAAGAUAAUAUAUGUACUUGUAGAUCAACACUAAUGAAAUCAUCCUCUUGUAUUCCUCUAUCAUGACAUAUAACAGCUGUACAACAAUGCUGAAUACUAAGGUACAUUAAAUUGGAUAAUCAUUUGGUUUUGAUUGCCUAGAAAGGUGUAUGCAAGGAACUUUAGUGCACGUCAUUUGGCAGCCUUUACAACACUCCCAAAACUGGUACUGGUUUUGAAAUGAUCCUCAUAUUUGUUCAACCUGAACCCCAAAUGAGUCUCUAGUAAUUUCAGGAAUGUAAUGGCCUUUAGGAUCUGAGAAUCACUUCAGGACACGCAAAAAGGCUAUAGAAAAAGGGCAGUAGCACCACUCAAAGCAAGGAUAGAACUCUUGAGGGCUAAUGCUUUGAUGCUUGUUCACUCGACCAAUGGGCAUAAAUGUUUGAAAACUAUAGGGAAGGCGUCUUUAUAAAAGGAUUCAAUACAAUAAGCAGGGACUUCUUACAAGUCUGGAGAGUUUCGGUUGGGAAUUUUGAGUGACGGACGUGUGUUUUAAUGGAGCGUGUCGACCUCCCAAAAUUUCAGUAAGUUUGGCAAGUUUUACAAAAGAACACAUUAUGACAACUCCAGGCAAGAAACAAGAACAACGUUAUUCUUCAGAUGGAAAUUGAAUAUCUCCGGAUCCCAAAAUUGCCCAGCACAAAGAGGAUGACCACGUGAGUGUUCUGGAGAAUAAAUUAUGGCUUACCUGCAGCAGCUUCAGAGUUGUCGUCUACUCCUGAAACAAAUUCUGACAUCAGAGAAUUUAAAGAUUGAAAGAUAAAAUACAGUGAGGUAUUUCAAGAGUCAAUAGACACACAGGACCAUGAGCUUAACCAAGUGCAGCAACAACUGACAAAAGCAGUUUCCCAGAAUAAUUUGCUUGCGAAGGAACUGGAUGCUGCUGUUUCCAAAGUCAGGAAACAAGAAGAAGAAAUGGACAACAUGUAGUGUAAGCAGGAUGACCUGGAACAAGUAUUUGCACAAAAAGAGGCAUUGCUCAAGCUGGCUAAUGCUGUGAAUGUCACCUUUUGCCCCAAGGAUAUCAAGCACAGCAAGGUGAUUAAAGUAAAAUUUGCCAGCCAUUAAGUGACAUCCCAAGUUUAUAACUAAAGCAACAACCUGGUAAAAAAAUGUGUCCUUAACUUGGCCUUAUUCCAGACUGUCCAGGAUUUUCUCAAACCAUAUCCAUAUGUGUGAAAAUGCAAUGGCCUACAGAAAGCAUCUUAUUAACAAGGCCAACAUGAAACAGGAGAACAAUGAACUGCUGAAUUUUUGGCAGAUGGGUGGGAAACUUUUCACCAAGGCAUCACCAAAAGGCUCACCAAUUCAAAUCUGCCGUGGAGAAGACUUGGUCAAUCUUUAAAAUAUUCAGUCUUAAGAGAAGUACGAACAUGACAACCUGAUUAAUGCUAUGCUAUUUUCCAUCUUUUUAUGUGGUUCACGAUAUCCUUUUGCAAUUGUUGUUUCACUUUCAGGUGUUUAUACGGAUUGAGAAAUGAGAGUUAAUUUCCUCAUGUAUGCCAGCACAGACUCAGCCUGUGUUCAGUGCAGGUUGUACAGGAGCCAUUAUACUUUUAUAAGCCAAACUCCAUUGCUUUGAACCUUCAGAAGUUUAAAAUUUCUCCUUUUGUGGCCAGGAAUUCAAAGAUAGUGCUGCCAGUAAUGAAUUUGAAAACAAUACACAGACUUAGAAGGUGACUCAGCCUUCUCAAGACUUUGGGAAAACAUGUUGGUAAUAUAUUUUAUUGCUUUAAAUUUUGAUGGAAUGAGUGGAAUUAUUUGUUCAAGUCAUUAACCCAUUGACGCCUGUGCCUCCCAU